UCCUUCACCAACUUUCCUCCUUCCUCUCCGCUUUUUUCCUCCGAUUUCCAAUUUUCCACAUGAUCGCCGUAAAUUGACGAAUUCUAGCUCCAUCGAUGCGCCGCUGGACGGAUAGAUCCGUUGAUAGUAAUAAUCCGACUGUUCUGAGCCGGAUAAUGCUCCGAUUCCGGCCGAUCGCGCCGAAGCCGGCCGGCGAGGACGCCGGAUCCGCCGCGCCGGAUCCGGCGAAGCGAGAUCUCGCCGGCAGGAGGGUGAAACGGAAGUACGUCAGGAUUCGUAAGCGGAGGUGUAAUAAGAGCAAGGUUCCGGAGGGAGGAAAUCCGCCGUCGCCGCCGGAGAGAUCCGCCGUCGACGACGCUCCGCCGCCGCAGAAGCGAGCGGUCACUCUCCAGCUCCUCGGAGAUGGAUCUGGAGGCGGUGAGAGCGAGAUGAGGUGGAGAGAUCUGGAUGGAGGAGGGCGGAGGAAAGCGGAUCUGAGCGGUUACGGAGGCGGAUCUGUGAUAGCGACGUGGAUCGUGGUGGAAGGCGUGACGGUGACGGAGAAGUUGACGGAGUUAGGGUUAGGAUUUUCGGAUGAGGAGAGGAUUCACAAUCUGGAGAGGGACACGUGUCCUGGAUUCAUAUCGGAUCACACGAACAACGUGAUCUGGAUGAACGCCGCGUAUAAGAGAAUGGUGGCCGCGGACGACGAAGCCGGCGCCGCGGAGGCGGAGAAGAAGGGGGUUUUGGUGUGGCUGGUGGUGAAGGAGGAUUUGCCCCAUUUUUGCCCCUCGUUUGCAUGCAGAGUUAGGGUCACUCAACAGAACGGCCAGGGGCAAAAGUGGAAUAAAAUUGUGCCGUGCGAUGUUUGGAGAAUGGAAUUUGCCGGAUUUGCAUGGAAAUUGGACGUCAAUACCGCCCUCAGUUUAGGCUUCUGAGGAUUUUUCCAGUCAGGCGAUGGUGUAGUUUGUAGCUGAGCGAUGACCAAGAUACACCGUUGCAAGAGUAAGUUGUAAAUAAGCCUUUGUUCUGCUAAAGCAGUGUGUGUAUGUAAAAUACGCAAAGGUUGUUAUUGUAAUAUUAUCCUUUGAGAGGAUUAUUAUUAUGAAAAAGGUUAGGAUAAUGCAAUGACAAUGACUUGAAAUGUAUCUUAGUGAAAUGCCAAACCGGCUCAUUUCACUUUAUUUGCUUCUUCUUUGAGUUCAAAGGCCAUUCACUAAUUUACAACUAUC